AAGGCCCGGUGGCGCGUGCGAUCCGCGUGUCCGUUGGCGGCCGCCGUAGCCGCCGCCUCCGCCGCUGCUUCCGCUUCCUCCAUAAUUCGAGCCGCGUGCCAUGAAGCCGGGAUUCAGCCCCCGAGGGGGUCGGGGUGGGUUUGGAGGUCGUGGAAGAGGUGGUGACCGUGGAGGCCGAGGAGGCUUUGGCGGGGGCAGAGGAGGCUUUGGAGGACGGGGUCGUGGUGGCUUUGGAGAUCGAGGAGGCCGAGGAGGUGGACGAGGAGGGUUCCAUUCACCUGGUGGUCGGGGCAGAGGUACCCCUCGGGGCCGAGGCCGAGGUGGUCGUGGAGGUUUCCAAGGAGGAAAGAAGGUUACUGUGGAACCUCAUCGGCAUGAAGGAGUUUUUAUUUGUCGAGGAAAGGAAGACGCUCUUGUCACAAAGAACAUGGUACCUGGAGAGUCAGUUUAUGGAGAGAAGAGAAUCACUGUAGAGGAUGGUGAGGCAAAGUUGGAGUACCGUGCUUGGAACCCGUUUCGAUCAAAGCUGGCUGCUGCCAUCCUCGGUGGAGUGGAUCAGAUUCACAUCAGACCUGGAGCCAAAGUGCUCUACUUGGGAGCAGCUUCAGGCACCACCGUCUCACAUGUCUCUGACAUUGUGGGCCCUGAAGGCCUAGUCUAUGCUGUUGAGUUUUCUCAUCGAUCUGGCCGAGACCUCAUCAAUGUGGCCAAGAAGAGGACAAACAUCAUUCCUGUCAUUGAGGAUGCACGACACCCUCACAAAUACCGAAUGCUCAUUGGGAUGGUGGAUGUGAUUUUUGCUGAUGUGGCCCAGCCAGACCAAUCCCGAAUUGUGGCUCUCAAUGCCCACAACUUCCUGCGCAAUGGUGGACAUUUUGUAAUCUCCAUCAAGGCCAAUUGCAUAGACUCCACAGCCUCCCCUGAAGCUGUGUUUGCCUCCGAAGUGAAGAAAAUGCAGCAGGAAAACAUGAAGCCCCAGGAACAGCUCACCUUGGAGCCCUACGAGCGGGACCAUGCUGUGGUGGUGGGCGUUUACAGGCCGCCCCCCAAGCAGAAGGAAGCAGCUGCCAAGUAGCUCCUGCCUCUCCCGUUCCCUGCCCCACCCUCAUUUUCUACUCUAGCUGUUUUGUCAGAUCUUUGUAUUUUCUAUUAAAAGGCGUGACCCCA